GAUCAUUACCAUCCCUCGCCACUACAGCCUGCAAUAAUCCAUCAAAUGCCUCCGAAAGCUCAGCCGAAAACCUAUAUUCUCCUCAUCAAGACUCACAAGCUUACACUUCUCGUCACAUCGAACGCAACGAAUAAUAUCAAUUCUCUCAAAGUCGAGGUUGUUUCUGGAUUCAACGCUUCUGCUCUGAAUCCGUCCUCCGAUGGCCUGAUACCCAUGGAUGUUGAUACGCAGGACCCAGAAUGGGAAGUGCCAAAAAUACAGAGCGUGAACGACUUCGAGCUCUGUCGAGCGAUCAAAGAGAAGGGUCGACUCACAGGAAGAUAUGAAGUCCUGGACGGGAAUGCGUCGAUCAAGAGCACGUUGGUGAACUGGGAAUAUGUUUUCAUGCGAUUUAGGGAUCAGCAAGUAUUCUCACCAAAUUGUUGUCCUACUCCAUGAUUCAACUCGUCAGGCAACCUGCAACCUAUCAAAGUGUCGUUUCCUUCCCUGACCGAAGAAGACGAAGAGGAAGAACAAGCCGCACGCAACAAGGGCAAACGCAAAGCCCAUCCCGACGAGCUCAUGGCUGAGUCGGAUGCAUAGGCGUGUUCGUACCCCACUACUGAACCGAUGCUGUACUGGCUCGAUUAUCACUACGCAGAACCAUGCAGCUAUGGGAACCUUGCAGUUGUAAAUAUCGCCCACUGUCCCGAAUCUCGAGACAUUCGAGGAACCAUAGCUGUCACUCAGGGUCGGGCACCACUGGUGAUCUGCCCCAACUCUGAGGAGUGAUUGGCAGAAGAGCGGCUGCUACGCGACGACCCUCCUCUGUUAACAGGUUGUAGGUAGAACAUGCAUUCCGCUGGGAGUUAGCGAGUCAGGUUGAAGGCACAGUGGAUGGAGUCAGGGUGUACGUACAGUGUCCAUAACGUCAAUUUGAAUACCGAUCUUGGAAAGAUACUGUCGUAUAGGAGAAGGCGGAAGAUAAACUCUCUGCCCAGUACC